AUGGAUAUUCUCGAACUGAUCCAUGCUGCCGAGGGCCACCAUCAUGAUUCGAGACCCUUCAUCUGUGAAUGGAUGCAUUGCGGCAAAGCAUUUUCUCGUCGCUCAGACUUGGCACGUCAUGGACGCAUUCACACUAACGAACGACCCUUCGUCUGCCUUGAGCCUGGUUGCACAAAAUCGUUUAUCCAGCGCUCUGCUCUGACUGUGCAUCAGCGCACACAUACUGGCGAGAGACCCCACAUCUGUGAAUAUCCAGAGUGCCAAAAGAGAUUCAGCGACAGCAGUUCCUUGGCACGCCAUCGUCGUAUCCAUACAGGAAAGCGACCCUACAAGUGUGUUAUCGAUGGUUGUGGCAAGAGGUAA